AUGUUUGCGUUUGUUGACAAAGAGGAUGAAGAUGAGGAUGAGAACGAGGAUGAGAACGAGGAUGAGAACGAGGAUGAGGAUCCCCAAGGAGCCAAUGUCUCUCCAGAGGAACAGAAGGCAAUUAUUGAUAAGCUCAAUCAAAUCAGGAGAGAUGUGAAACCAACCGCUGCAAACAUGCUGAAAAUGGUAUGGAACGAUACAAUUGCCGAGAGUGCUAAGAAGUGGGCCGCUGUAUGUAACCUAACCAUCAGUCCAGCACAUAAUCGAUCUUUCGGUAAAAUGAUGUGUAGUGAGAAUAUUUACUAUACAAAUUACCCCAACACCUGGAUGAAAGCUAUCGAUGCAUGGGAACAAAGAAAAGAUUAUUUCAAAUACGGUAUUGGGUCAACAGAUAUAUCAAGAAGCAUUUCUGCCUACACUCAGCUUAUUUGGUAUAAUUCAUACCAGGUUGGCUGUGGAGUAGCUUACUGCCCACGUGAACAGUUUCUGUUCUACUACGUCUGUCAAUUCUGCCCUGCAGCCAAUCGAGAAGACCUGUUACAGACACCUUACAAAAAAGGCCGCCCAUGCAAAGACUGCCCUGACGCCUGCGAGAAGAAACUCUGCACCAACCCCUGCAAGUAUCGGGAUACUACCUUCAACUGCAAAAACCUGAUGAAAAUGCACUCGUGUAAACUGAAAUUAAUGAAGAAAAACUGUAAAGCUACCUGUAGGUGCAAGACACAAAUUAUAUAG